AUAUCUUACUUCCUGUUUGAAUAAUUAUCAUACCUUGUUUUCUUUUAGAUGACCAUGGAAACUCAAACUGAUUGGCAGAUUGGAAAAUCACUGUCGGAUCGUAUGAAAUAUAUGUUGGACAAUCAGCUGAUGUGUGACGUCACAUUCCAUGUCGGAUCAGACAGGUCACCAAUUAAAGCCCAUAAGUACAUGCUGGCGAGUGCUAGCCCCGUAUUCUACAGGAUGUUUGGAGGGCCAUUACCAGAAAAGGGUGAUGUUGAUAUUGCAGAUAUUACUCCAGAGUAUUUUAGUAUGAUGUUACAAUAUAUAUACACUGAAAAGAUAGUAAUAGACGCUCAAAACAUUAAAGGACUACUGUAUGGUUCAGAAAAGUAUAUGUUACAAACUCUGAAAGAUAAAUGUAAUGAAUUCUUAACUUCAAGUGUAGAUGAAGAUCACGCAUGUGUUGUAUUUCAAACAGCACAUGAAUUCCACAUAACAGAUCUGGAAACAGAUGCCCUGAAUUUUAUUUUCAAGAAAGGAAGAGCAUGCUUUGAGUCCGACGAUUUCCUACAUUUAUCUUCUGACUGCCUUAAAUUAAUAGUUGAAUCCGAUAAACUGUAUUGCGAUGAAACAACAAUCUACCAGAGGAUGGUACAAUGGUCUAAACUGCGAUGCGAGGAGCAAAGUAUGUCGAUGACAGACGAAAACGUAAGGAAGUCUCUUGGGGAUUUGUUAUACCGUAUACGAUUUCCGUUAAUGACACCAAAGUUUUUCACGGACGAAGUUUCAUCUACGAACAUUUUAACAUUUGAAGAACGAGUUAGACUAUAUGAACAUUUCAAUGGCAAACACACAGAUAUGUUCCCUUCGAAGCACCGACAAUUUCAAAUCCCGAUUCGUCUUGAAAGAUGUGAAGUCGAUACUGGGAAGAAUAGUUGGGGUUAUUCUUCUGGCAAGGACGACUGUGUCGAUUUUCAAACGUCCAGUGAUACUGUCCUUACUUCUGUCCUUCUUUUUGGAUCUAAUACCUACUCAGGAUCCAAUGACCUAAAGGUAAAUAUUUUACAAGGUGCUACUGUUCUCAAUACAAUACAAUCAACAUUAAAGUCGAUUCCGGGCAAACAAAUUUAUGAAAUUUGUUUUGAAAAUCCUGUGGAUAUAGCUGCAGAAACACGAUACACUGUCCAACUUAAUAUGAAAGGAUCAGAUACUUUCACAGGAAAGAGUUAUAUUCAGAAAGUUACGACUCAUAAUGGUUUUAAUGUUACUUUUCUUGGCUCUUCAUUACCAUCAGGUAAUAGUACAAGUGAAAACGAUGGACAGAUACCUGGGCUUAUAUUUAUUGGAUAG